GCCCAUAACCGUCUCUCCUCUCGCGAAGUCGCAAGGAGGUCGCGGCGACUCCCGCCGUUGUACAGCUCCCAAAAAUGGCGCAUCCUCCCCUCCCCUACUCAACCUCACCCACCCACUCGCCGAGGUAGCUCCGGCAACGGCCUUUUGUCCCCCCGCCGGCGAACCCAUAGAAACCUCGUGCUCCCGCGAAGCUGUGAUGCGCCACCACGCUCCGCCCGCGCGGCCUCCUCUCCCUUCCGUUAGCCCAGGGGCGGCGCCGCCGCCCCGGCCGGCGUGGAACACCAACCGCAACCUGGUGGUGACCCACCCGCUGCUCGCCCUCCUCGAGUCCUGCGCCUCCUUCCCGCGCUUCCUCCAGCUGCACGCGCUGCUCACCGUCUCCGGCCUCGCCGCGGGCCGCUUCCCGGCGUCCCGCCUGCUCGCCUUCUGCGCCCUCUCCACGCCGCCCCGCGUCGGCCACGCCGCCGCCAUCCUCGCGCGCGCCCCCGCCCCCGGCCCCAACGCCUACAUGCUCGCCACCAUGAUGCGCGCCUUCCUCCGCGCCCGCCUCCCGCGCCGCGCCCUCGCGCUCUUCCGCCGGGUCGUCCGCGACGCCCUCCCUGCCGACGCGCGCACGCUCGUCUUCGCGCUCAAGGCCGCCGCCGAGCACGGGCCCUCGUCCGCAUGCGGGGAGGGCGUCCCCUGCGUCGCACUCAAGUGGGGGUUCGUUGGCCGGAGCGUGCUCGUCGGGAACGCGCUGGUGCACUUCUACGCGGACCACGGGUCGCUGGCGCGUGCGCGGAGGGUGUUCGAUGAAAUGUCCGAGAGGGACGUCGUUUCCUGGACGACCAUGGUGGACGGGUACGCGCGGAGGGGGAUGGCUGACGAUGCGUGGCGCGUGUUUUGCAGGAUGGUGGUGGCGGGGGGGCAGCACCCGAAUGAGGUGACGCUGGUUGCGGCGCUGUCGGCGAUCGGGCAGAUGGGACUGCUAGCGCUGGGAAGGAGGGUGCAUCGGUAUGUUGCAGAUGGUGGUGUUGGUGGAAGCGUUAGCUUGGCGAAUGCGCUGAUCGACAUGUUUGGGAAAUUCGGGUGCGUGCCCUCUGCCAGGGAGGUUUUCGACGGCAUGGCAGUCAAGGAUGUGUACUCCUGGACGACCAUGGUUAACGUUUAUGCAAAGUGCGGCUACUUGGAGAGUGCAGCCCAACUGUUUGAGGAUAUGCCUAGGAGGAACGCAGUUUCUUGGAGUUGCAUGAUCGCUGCUUACUCACAGGCAAAUCAGCCUGAGGAAGCAGUGAGGUUGUUUAAAAAGAUGAUUGAAGAAAAUGUUGAGCCGAUUAAUGCUACCCUUGUAAGCGUGCUUCCGGCCUGUGCUCAGUUGGGUUGCCUGGAUCUUGGUAGGUGGAUAUAUGAUAACUACAUUGUCAGUGGUAAGGCUGUACUUACCGUGAAUUUAGGUAAUGCAUUCAUUGAUAUGUAUGCAAAAUGUGGAGAUUUGGAUGCAGCAUCAAGAUUAUUUGCUGAGAUGGGAGAGAGAAAUGUAGUGAGUUGGAAUUCGAUUGUCAUGGCCCAUGCUGUGCACGGUCAGUCUGAACAAGUCCUUCAUCUCUUUGAGCAGUUGAAAGGAACAGGUAUUGUGCCUGAUGAGAUCACAUUCCUUGGGCUACUUUCUGCCUGCAGUCAUAGUGGAUUAGUUUCAGAAGGGAAGCGGUAUUUUAAAGAAAUGAAAAUGGGCUAUCAGAUUGAACCUAAAGCAGAACACUAUGCAUGCAUGAUUGAUCUUUUGGGGAAAAGUGGACUUCUUGAAGAGGCACUCGAAGUUGCAAAGGGUAUGCCAAUGGAAGCUGGUGAGGCCGGUUGGGGUGCUCUUUUGAAUGCAUGCAGAGUGCAUGGCAAUGUAGAGAUUGGUGAAUUUGCUGCAGAUAAGCUAGUAAAACUCGAUCCAGUGGACAGUGGAAUCUAUGUACUCAUGUGCCAAAUAUAUGCAAGUAAAAGUAAAUGGGAUCAGGUGAAGAUGCUGAGGAUGUUGAUGAGAGAUAAAGGGGUAAAGAAGAACCCUGGAUGUAGUUCUAUUGAGGUGGAUGGAAAAUUUCAUGAGUUUUUGGCAGCAGAUGUUUCACAUGUUCAUUCAGAAGUUAUUUAUGCAGCAUUAAAGAACAUUUAUUACCAUUUAAAAUUGGAAGGUUAUGUUCCUCUGACUUGACAUGAGUGUAAACGAAAACUUAGCAGCAGACAGCAUUUCAUAUAUUUAAAGCUCAUCUUUGUGCAAUCAUGCUGUACAUAGUUUCUUCAACGACCUGCUGUGAUACAUUCAGUCAUUCGACGGCCCAAGAACGAGAUGAAUUCCUGCUGUCUUAAAAAAGAAAUUCAUGGACAGAAAAUAAGGGCCAUUCUGAUUUGUUAUGCAGUAUAUAGGUUUGGUCAGAUUUUGUCAUGUGGAGAAACUGUUAUACUGUUGAGUAACUCGAUUGACCCCUGACUAUUUCUGACUACCAAACUAUAGCCAGCUGUAGAGCUUUUACACGGUGAAACAUGUUCCUUCCAUUCCAGUAUCCAAAAUGCGUUUUGGAAAGGCUAUCUCAAUGUUAUUAAGAAAACAUAGAGAGUCUGAUCAGCGGAUAAUUGCUUCAGCUCCGAGACUUGGCACUUUUUACCUACGCACAAGCUUGCAACUUCAACUUGCUGUGUGGCCACAAUGAUCCGGUUUCCAUUAUCAUUGACGGGAAAGUAAGUUUUGAUCCAGUCCCAAUCUUCUAUGGUACACAGGUCGUUAAGAACAAUCAGGUAACUCUUGUUAUUCACAUGCUCAUUGAACUCGUCAACCAAAUCUUCUUGCUUUAUUGUCAGCAUCUUUUUGAGAACAUGAGCGCCUACAGUGGUUGCUCUUUCUUGACAGCUUUGACCCUCAGUUGUUGCCAGUUCUGGAAAAGAACAUCCAUAGAACUGCCUCAUGAUGUUUCGCAUGAACAUGAUCGGAUCGAAAGGAUGUGUAAGCUUGAUCCAGGCACGGCAUUCAAACUUGUCUGCAUCAUCAUACACCUUUCGUAUCACGGACGCCUGCCCAAGAACACCACAUGUUCCCCACACGGCAAUGACUCUAAGGUCCUUGCCCUCCCCAUUGAUAAGCUGGGCAAGGUCCACUCUCGGCCUGUCCCGCUUCAUGGCACGCCUCGCCUCAUCGAUGCCGAACAUCGUCGCGCUACCUGCGAGGUUUUGCUCGGCGGUGGUGGCGACUUGCUUGGAGUCAGCAGCAGCGGCGGGCCCCCUGAUGAGGCGGUACCUCAAGUUCCUCUGGCUGACAUCCUCGACCUUCUCCCGCAGGUCCUUCAUCUGCUUAGCCACAUGGCGCCGGUCGAGCAGUGUCCUGAGGAAACGCCACCAGGAUGGCUUCUCGAGGCGGACAGCCAGGUCCUGGAGGCAGUCCUCGACAUCGUAGCCCAGGUCGCGGACCUGCUUCACCCAGGUCCCGACCACCUUGCCGUCAUCUUGCUCGCCGUGCGCAGCCAUCAGGAAGGCCUGCAUCAUGUCGAGCUCGUCCCUGAUGAAGGCCUGGUCGCGCUGCACCCCCAGCUGCAGCGCCACCUCCGCCGCGAUGGCGGACUGGGCGUAGCCGAGCGCCCCCUUCACCGCGGACUUGCCCACGCUCAGCACUGUCGCCUCCAUUGAUUCCAACUGUUUCUGUGUGGAUCUGAGACGAUAGUGCUCAGUGUAAAAUCGACCAAGCAGCAGCUGCUGAUGGGUGUAGCACUGUAGCCAAAGGAAGAAUCAACAGUGAAGGGUUGGUGGAUUUAAUCAAUGCCUCAUCGAGCCCGUGCUAGCUUCAAGACAACAAGAAGAACACCAACGCAUGAAUUGAUGGGGUUGUUGGUACCGGGGCUAAGCAUGCCAGCUCAUUUGCCCAACGACCGCGCUAAAUGUUCCAAAUGAUUAAUGGAUUUUAGCCUGGCCCUGAACUGCUACGUCCUGCAUAUAUGUAGAUAAUUAGGUGACAGCUGAACUGCCGUAGCUUUUGGUCUUCUGCACGGGCUUCGGUUGGCGCAGCAAUUUGGAUGCAACCGUACCGGGUCGUCACCAACUCAACUCGGACUGCAUGGAUGUGACAGAAGAUGCUGACCGGCGAACGGUCUCUUGGUUCAGCAACUACAAUCCUUGAUGAAUAUACCUUGAUGGAAAGGCAAGCUUCGUGCAUUUUCCAAUAGGAGACUUAUUCUGUAGCUGACAAGAGCUCGGAUUGAUGUGAACGUUUUGGCCUGAUCCCUCUCUUGGUUAAUGAUCUAACAUUUUUUUAUGGUGAAUAAAUGAUUGCUUAGCUAGAAGAUGCCUGGGCGGGGCAAUAAGUUAGUAACAAUAAAUUAAUCUGAAUGACUAGCUAGUGCAGGAAGAUGCCUGGGCAGGGCAGGCAAAGACAGAUGCAUGGAUUUUUUUUAUCAGAAGCGGGGAUAAGCACAAUGACUUCUUACCAAUUGGAGAGACAAGGAGGAUAUUCAAUAUAGUAGUAUAUGUUUCUACAGCUUGUUUCUAAAAUUGCUGAUGGUUGCAUGUGUGCCUGAUCAUCUUCACCCAUCAGGAGUUCAAAUAGGUGACAGCUGAACUGCUGAAGCUUUUGGUCUUGUGCACUGGCUUCGGUUGGCGAAGCAAUUUGGAUGAAACUGAACCGAGUCGUCAUCAACUGAACCCGGGUUUCGUGCAUUCCCAAGAGGAUGCUUAUUCUAUAGCUGAUGAGAGCUCGGAUUGAUGUGAACUUCUGGCCUGAUCCCUCUCUUGGUUAAUGAUCUAACAGUUUUUUAUGAUGGAUAAGGGUUGGUUUUGCUAGAAGAUGCCUGGGCAGGGCAAUAAGUUAGUACCAAUAAAUUAAUUGGAAUAACUAGCUAGUGCAUGAGGAUGCCUGGGCAGGCAAAGAUAGAUGCAUGUUUUUAUUAUUAUAAGUGGGGAUAAGCACAAUGAUCUCUCACCAAGAGAAUUGUUAGAGAAGUGGGGAUAGAUGCAUUUUAUUAUUAUUAGAGUAGGCCAAACCUCAUUCCAAAUUGUUUUUAAAAUUGUUGAUGGGCUGCAUGUGUUCCCGAUCAUCUUCACCCAUCAGGGUUUAACUUUUAGUGCUCACAUUGCAUCUCAACAGAAAGUUUAUAGCCAUGCUUUAUAGUUUUACCGAGAUUUUUUUCCGCAGAGUAUUACCAUCGCAGAUGCAUGUGGCUGGAGCAGUUCUGUGAUAGAGUUCGUCGAUUGGGGGCGCAUGCUUUCUCCAUGGAAGGUGGCCUGCCCUUCCCCGCAUGGCAUAGAGGAGCAGGUGGGAGAAUGAAUAGAGGUGCAUGCAUCUGCGGUCCAUUUUGGAUUGAAGAAUUCAAAAGGAUCAUUCAUUCAACAGCUUCUCCCUAUAGCUCGGCCCCCACCUACCCCAGGAGAAGGAAAGAAAAAGACUUCAGAAGCCCCCCAGUGACUAGCUCAUACUCUCACCGGCCCUCUCCGUGUUGGCCCAAAACAUUCCUCCCCAUCUUCCUUGCGAGGUCCAAGGCGGGGGCGUCCUGGGGAGCUGAUCGCGCUCUCCCUCGAGCCAGCCGGCAGCUCCGUGGCUGAUUUUCUUCCUGAUUUCCUGGUCGAGGCACUCGAAGAAUAACAUGCAUAACAACAGGAGAUCGCUGCUGAACUAGCUCAUUUUCUGAAACAACUGUCCCAGGAACGCACCAUGGCUUUCAGGUCGAAGAUGGUGGGGGCGGCCGCGUUCGCAAAGAUGGCCGGGGCUAUGAAGCUCACGGGAGGCUUGAAGGUCGGCGCGGUUGCUGCAGCCGUGGUAGCUGCAACCACGGCUGCGAUUUCUGGGAAAGACACGAACAAAUGCAAUCGCAGGCCGAGAACAGAUGAUGAUAUAUAGAUAUCCCAACGAAUUGUUGGAAGUGGAGUAGCACUGCUUGGAGUUGUCCAAUGGACCAACAUAGUAGCUCUUGGCGACCGCCAUCAUUUUAAUUGCGCUUUUCCCGCGGCUGCAGAUUCAGCUACCUGUUUGCUUCUUUUUCUUUCUUCUUUCGUUAAUGUUUAUAUGUGUUGGAACUUGGAACCUGUAACAAUCAGAAAUGCCACGCCCAGAACUCCUGUUGACAACGUGAGCAUAAUCAAGGUGGUCAGACACAAGCAUGGGUGUGAAAGGCCGCACCUAAUCCCUCGGCAUCUA